AUGUCGACCCCGCAAGCCAAACGCCGCCGGCUGAACCAAGCUGCGAAGACGCUCCACAAGCCGUUCAAGUCGCCCUUCCGCACACCAUUGAAUCCCAACAUAGGUUCUGAUCCACCGUCUUCGGAUCCGCCCGAGGAACACGCAUCUGCAUUACGUGUUGCACAUGUUGCGAACCCCUUUGCGACUAGCCACGGCAAGCAGCAUGUCGCAACACCAGCGCUCCCCGAACAAGCUUCAGCAGCAGCAGCAACACCAUGCAAGCCACGCGUCUCAAAUGAGCUUGUCUCCCGUCCAACCUUCUCUACGCCCUCGCGGAUCGUUCCGAAAAAGCCGUCUUCGAAACCUUCACAUAUGCGCGAAAUCGUACAGCUGCGCAACGAAAUCCAAAUGCUCACACAAGCCCAGUCGCUCGCUACUUCCACUAAAGACGACGACCUGGUAAUCCUAAUCGAUAGGUGGCGGACUGCAAGCCGAGCCGCCGCAGAAGAGCUGUUUGCUAGCACAAGAGACAGGGUGAAUAGGAUGGGCGGCGUAGGCGCUUUGAAAGAACGCGAGAAGGAAUCAAAAGAACGACAGAAGCAGUGGGAACAAGAGGAGAUGCAGGCAGAAAUGGAGAAAAUGCAAGAAGCAAAGGAGAACGGUGAGGUGUCAGAGGAGGCGUACGACAAGUAUGCAGAGACGGAAGAGGAGAAGGGAGAGGAGGAAAAGGAGACGUUCAAGGGCGGUGCUGAUGAUGAUUCAUUCACGAUGGAUAUGAUGCUGAAGACCCUCAAUAUCGACCUGGAGUUGAUAGGAUAUAGCAAGGAAGCGCAGCGUUGGGACGGAUGA